AUGCAGGUAGUAAACCGAGAUGUAUUCUACAGACUGGCUUCGGAUCUGGAAGAAGAGAGACUUCAAUCGGUUGUAUUGUUAGUAAAAGAAUUAGAUGAACUAAAGGCAAACAAUUCCGAUGAAAAUAGAGAACUAGUAGUGAAAGAGUGGAAUUAUGUGGUUAAUAGACUAAUAAAUGGUCUUGCAUCUAACAGGAAGGGUGCUCGUUUAGGCUUUUCCUUAUGCUUGACCGAAGUAUUAAAUUUGGCUCUUUCACAAAAGUGGAAAAAUAUAUUACCUCCUAAUUUGACAGAUAUUUCUUCAUUUCUUCACCUAAUCUCAGAUACACUAUCUAUUCCAUCUUCAAAACAGGGAGAGCCCAGGAAAUUGUUAAAGGGUAAAGACGAAAGAGGCUUGCUAUUUGGAAAAUUAUUUGCUCUUCAAUCUCUGUUAAAUGAUCCAAUAUUUGGAAAAAUUUUCAAUAAAGAUAACAAAGCUAUUCUUUUUGAAUUUAUUUACGAAUUAAUUGCUUUAUCGAACUUGAAAAACUGGAUCAAAGAGCCAACUCUUUUCACUUUGUUUAACUUUAUUCAAAAAAUUAUCGAAUUUUUAGAUCGCAGUGACAUAGUACAAUUAUUAAAUAUUUUGGCUUCAAAUAACUUAACUUUAACUAAUGAAGGCCUAUCAAUUUAUAUAUAUUUGAUUUAUACAAAUCCACAUAUUUCACCUGAAGAUAUUCAAAUCGAUAAUAAUAAUAAUAAUACAUGGAAGAAUAAUGAUCCUUUCUUAAAGAGCAAUAUAGUAUUGCUUUCAAAAGUUCUAUUGAAUACCUCUGCUGCAUCUCAAUCAGAAAAACAUACAAGUAAUGCUAACUGGACUCCAAGAUUGCAUUAUGUCUGGGAUGUUAUUUUACCUAUUUUGUUAAAUCCUAAAUCUUCCGAUAAAUUAUUAAAUAAAAACGGUAAUAAAAGAAGAAAGGUUUCAAGAGAUCGUAUAAAGUUUAACGAAUUUUGGAGACAAGUUAUUGAUGAAUCAUUUUUUAAUGAAAAAGCCUCUCAUGAACGAAAAUAUUUAGGUUUCUUAAUCAUUCAAAAGACUUUUCCUUUACUUAAUACUGCGAAUGACAUUGAGUCCAUUUUCACCUCAAAUCUAAUCAGGUCAAUUAUUAAUCAAAUGAACGAUUCUAAAAGGUAUUUGAAUAAAAUAUCACACAAAACGAUUGAUCAAAUAGUUAGUCAAUGCCAAUCGAAUUCAGAAUUAAGAUUAAUUCCUGUAUUAAAUGGUUUUCUUUUCAAAGAAGAAAAUUCUAGUUCUAUUAAUUUUGAUAAAUUAACAAAAACUAAGACAAUUUCUAGGCUAAUUAAUUUACAAGAUCUAUCUACGGACACUCUUUCAAAAUUAUUUUUUCUUUUUACUUCUAAACUUGAUUCAUUUACUACCACAACUGAAUUACAAUUUUUAUUAGAUUCUAUUUUACAUAUUAUAAGAUCUCAUAAAUCACAAAUUAUAGUUUCACAUAAAUUUUUGGAUCCAGUUUUAGAACCAAUAAUAUUGUUAACAUUUUUUAAAGAAACUGCCGACGUUUCAAUUUCUAAUAUUCUAAAAGAUCGUUUGAUUUCCAUAUUAAAUGAUCUUACGACAGUUGGUGAAAAUUCUUCAAGUAUACAAUAUUUAACACUUAAUUUGAUUGUUAAUUUAAAUGAGGAUCCUAAAAAUGUUUUGAAUUUUAAAUUCGACGACAGCUUGUUAGAAGUUAAAGAUAGUGCCAUAACUACUCUGAAGCGUGCAAUCGAACAUUCCAAGAGAGAUUCAAGAUUAAAAUCUUUAGUGUCAUUAUUAUCAUUAUCAGUAAUUCAAUUAUAUUUGGCAGAUAUUGACUCAAUUGCAACAAUUCAAGACUUAUGUGAUUUUUAUGACCGUUAUAAAUCAAAUACCAUAAUGAAAAAUGACAAAAACCGGCCAUCUUUAGGAAUUAUUGAAAUCUUAUUGGCAUUAUUUGCCCAAAAAAAAUCAAUUUUAAAAAAAUUAGGGUUAGCCAUGUGGGAAAGUUUCAUUGAUUUAAUUGAGUUGAAUGAAUUUGAUGAAAUAUUUGAUGUUUUAUUAACAAGAGAAAAUAAGGAAGGGUUUGCUAGAUUAUUUGAAGGUGAUGAUGAAUAUGAAGAAAUCGACUCUCAUGAUGAUGAGGAAAAGGAUGAAGAUAAGAAUAUAGACGAUAUUAGUACAGAAAAUAGUGAUGAUGACAAUAGUAGUGAUGAAGAGAAUGAUAGUAUCGUUGAAUCUAAUGAUGAUAUAAACAGAAUUGACAAAGAAGCUACAAGUGCUCUUGCAAAGGCUUUGAAACUACCUGAUAAUAUCAUUAAUGAUAAGGGUGAAGUAGAUCUUGGUAAAUUAGAAGAUAUUUCUGAUAAUGAAGUUCAUUUCUCUUCUUCUGAUGACGAUGCUGAUAUGUCUGAUGAAUCAAUGGAUGAUGAACAAAUGAUGGAACUCGAUGGGCAAUUGUCACAAAUUUUCUCUCGCAGAAAAGAAGCUCUUUCAAAUAUACAGACUGGCAAUAAAAGAAAGUUGGAUGUCAAGGAAUCUCGUGAAAAUGUGAUUGCCUUUAAACAUCGUAUUGUAGAUAUGAUAGAAGUUUAUUUAAAGCAUAUUGAAAUUAUUACAAAAUCAAGUGAAAAUAUUGAGAGAACUUACUUUAAUAAAAUUUUGAAUUCCAUUCCUUUAAUUAUUAAAUCGUUAUUGCUAUGCAUCCAACAAACAUUGGACAGAAAUCUUGCAGAAAAGAUUUCUAAAUUAUUAAAAAACAAAUUAUUCAAAAUCAAGCUUGUUGAAUUUAAAGAUUGUGGGGAUUUGACUUCAGAAAAUAUAUUGGAAUGGAUAUCUACAUUGCACACUGAGUGUAUUCUGGUUAAAAAAUCUGGCCAAUAUCAACCGCUGUACUUCAAAUUAUGCUCUGGCUCAUCUUUAUUCUACUGUAGAAUAUUUGCAGAAACAUCAACAAACGCGGAUCUAUAUGAUUCGCUGAUUGAUUUAUACGGUCAAACUACUAAGACUUGGUUCAAAAACUCAGAAAUGAAAAUUCCUACAACCAUAUUUUCUGACUUCCACAACUGGCUAUCAUCAAAGCGGAGUGUUACCACUUCCAGCAAGUAA